CUAUGAUGGCGACCUCCAUCGGCCGUGGCCCGUGACAGUACGACCGUUCACACCAACCAGCAAUCCGUGGUUAUCGCGUUACAUGUAACUCUUGAUCGACAGGUUGUUUUCUUCUCAUCUGUCGACUUUCUUUCUAGAGAACAUGAAUCUGCACAAACUGUCCUCGCGACUGUGCCCCACAGUAACACAGAAGUUCAGGCAUCUCCACAUCCAAAGCAGUGGGCAGCAGCUGGAGGCAGUUAAUGUGGAAACAGAAUCAGCUGAACCAAAUCCACUGUCAGUCUUCAGAAUUUCAGAGCAGGAUCCUACGUACCAUUCAGAAAGACAUACUGGGCAGUACUACACGCUCCCCCCGGCUCACAUCCAAAAACUCUUCCCUCAUGGACUGCCUCCACGCUUCCAGUUGCAGAUUAAAACGUUUAAUGAAGGCUGCGUGAUGGUGAGGCCACCAGCGCUGGAGCUUAUCUCAUAUCUUAAAAAGGCUGAUUACAGCAAGCCUCCGCUGCGUUAUGUACUCUAUGGAGAUAUUGGCACUGGAAAGACCAUGUGUUUGAGUCAUGCCCUGCACUACUGCUACACUCAGGGCUGGCUGAUCGUGCACAUACCCGAUGCUCAUCUGUGGGUCAAGAACUGUAAAGAGCUGCUACCAUCUUCUUCCCGCCCCUCACGCUUCGACCAGCCAAUCCAGGCAUCCCAAUGGCUGAAGAACUUCAAAAUCACCAAUGAACACUUUUUAUCCAAGAUAAAGACAACACAGCGGUAUGUGUGGACAAAAAGAGAAAGUACUGAAAAGGGGCAGCCUUUAGGGGAGCUUGUUGAUCAGGGUGUGAAUCGUAUGAAGAGCAGCAGUGAUGUGGUGGGCGCAGUGCUGCGAGAGCUGAGGCUGCAGGCAGGGGGCGCCACAGAGGGCGAGGGGGCCUUUAAACUGGCCGUGGCUGUGGAUGGAGUAAAUGCUCUGUGGGGCAAAACAUCUCUUAAAAAGGAGGACAGAACUAUGUGUGAGCCAGAGGAACUGACUUUGAUUCAUAAUGUGAGGAAGAUUAUGAAAAACAAUUGGAGUGGAGGUGCCAUUCUCACAGCUUUGUCUCAGACUGGCUCUCUGUUCAAGCCACGGUCUGCUUUCCUUCCCAGUGAGCUACUAGGAGAGGAGGGGUUUGAUGAUAUGGAACCUUUUGUGCCAGUUUCUGUCUCCAACUACAAUGAGAAGGAGUUUGAGAGCUGUUAUCUGUACUAUUUAGACCGCAACUGGCUUCAGCAUCCACACAGUCGAUCUGAAGAAGGAAAGAAAGAGCUUGUCUUUCUCAGCAACAAAAACCCGUCCAUCCUGGAACGAUUGUGUGCCUUCUCGUAAUGCACAUUUGCUUACUCUUGCAUCUGUAUAUCAUGUGAAUUCAAUAAAUGUGUAAGCAUGAAGCUUUUCUCAUAAUAAAAUCAUUUAGAAAAACG